AUGCCAUCAGCUGCAAGAUUCUCUGUUCAGGAUACAGACAAAUACAUUGAUUACGCUACCUUUUUGGCAGAGGAAUUCGACGCGAACACCUAUGCAAAUGCUAUUAUUGAAGAGUCAGAGUCUUCAACUGACGCGACCGAUAUUGGAACUGAAUUAUCCAAACUCACUUUCAGUAUUGAUAUCGUAAACAAGCAGAUCCAAGAACAGGUUGUAACAAACUAUGAAGCACUUUUGAGCCAAGUUACGGGCAUCAAAGAACUAGAAACAGUACUGAAUACUGUACAAUCAAAUAUCAGUGGACUCAACAACUCUCUUCAGACGUUAUCGCAUAAAAUCCGAGAUCCAUACCAACAACUAUGUACUUAUGCGACACAACUAGAAAACUUACAACUGACAUGCGAACUGCUGCGAAAGCUACACCGUUUUAUCUUACUCAAGCGACGUUUGGAGGCACAAUUAUCUACCAGUGAUCGAGAUAUAUCCACAGCGGCAUUGACAAUUUACGAAUUAGAGACAAUCAUGAAGGAAACUGAUUUUGAUGGCAUUGAUAUUGUCACUUGUGAGCUGGAUUUUAUCGAAAAAUCUCGGGACAGAGUGGAGGAGGAAGCAACCGCAUUAUUAAAGGAAGGCAUCGAAUCGCAAAACCAAGCUAAAAUGGCGUCUGGACUACAAGUUUUCCAUAACAUGAAGCAGAUGGGAGAUCGAGUGCAAACCAUUACACAAUCUAUGCUCGAUAGUCUGAUUCAAGACAUCAAAAAGGUGAUUGAUAUGCAAUCUAUACAGAACGAAUUAAAGCCACCAACAGCAUCGAAUGGGCAACAGCAGCAGAUGGCUUCACCUGCCAUGUCCGUCAGAGGACAUUCUGGAAUCAAUCAAACACAGCUUGCAACUGCAGUUUGGAAUCGUAUGGAAACUCUCAUGACGAAAAUGAGUGAUCAGUGCAUCAAGGUGUACAGCCUGGAAAAGGUACUCGAGAUCAAGAAAGAUGCGCUGACACAUGUCUCUUUCUUGGAUGAAGUAGCCAAGACACUGGAUGCCAACAGCUUAGUGAGCUACUUUUGGAGAAUCUUGUCUGCCAACUUUGAGCAAGAACUCAAAAAUGCCACCAAAGCAUCCACAUUUCUGCAGUCGAUUUUUGUGGGCGACUACCCGAAAUUGUUGAAAUUGUUGCAUGAUUUCUUUUCUCGAGUGGCAAUACACAAUGGCACACUAUUAUCUGAUUACUCGCAAACACCAGAAUAUAUGAUUAUGCUUCGAAGUUUCGGCACAUUUCAGACCAGCUUCCUUACAAAAUCAUUGCAACGCAUGUACGAUGCAGUCAACUCUACAUUUCCUACUUAUGGCGGUUUAGCAAGGACUCCACCAGGAAGAAACAAUGUAUUGAAUAUUACUCGCAUUAUCGGACACGAGUUGGAAACAGCCUCCUUUGAACCUCACUUGGCUCAAGCAGUUGCCAAGAAUGCCAUUAAGGCACUGAAUAAUUUCUGUGUCAAAUGCGAGCAUUUGCUCCCAACUAACGAACAGGCUAUAUAUACCACCAACACCUCCAACUCUACUGUAGUUAAUUACUUGAACAUGAAUAUUGAAAUUGCCAAUAUCUUGUAUUACAUGCAUCAAUCUGUUUGGAAGAUUUUGGAAGAGUAUCCAGAGAAAAUAGUAGAUAUUGUCAAGAAAGGAGCAGAUGAUUGCCAAGUGCUUAUGAUGAAGAUUGGAAACAAACUAGUGAAUGCCAUCAAGAAGGACGCAGAAGGUGUUUUAUUAAAGAUACACAACGAGGAUUUCUCUGGCAAGAUACGACGCAACUUUGAUCCAGAAGGAGACAGAAGCAGCUACAUGAAAGAACUACAACGACAUGUCCGUUAUUACCAUACAACAAUACUUCAAAACUUUUCUUGUGGAGCUGAACCCAAGACAUGGGUCAGACAAAUCAGCAAACACAUCUUGUACGUGUUUAUAUUUCAAGCAAGCAUCGUUCGUCCCUUGAGCGAAGCAGGCAAAUUGAAAUUAGCAGGAGAUAUGGCAGAAUUAGAAUUCACAAUUAGUCAAUUUAUGAGUGAAUAUGGAGCCAGAACCGAAGAAGUGGGAGAUGAAUACAAAGCACUGAGAGCAUUUAGACCGUUACUAUUCUUGGAUUCUGCUCAAUUGACAGCGGCUCACCACACCUCCGGAUUAUCCAAAUUGGUCUUGAUACAUCAUUUGAUUGUACGUUCUCAGCAACAGCAACAAACUAAAGCACUGCCACUGCCUUAUACCGUCUAUGAUCUAUCGAGACAAGAAUACAUGACUUGGAUGGAAACACAGAAUAGCGAGAAGGAAGCUGUACAGCUGGCAUUGGAUGCAAUUACAAAUGGCAGUAAGCUUAAAAAGUCGGAACUGGAUGAGAUUCCCGAAUACAAGUUGAUUAUGCAAAUUGCUUCAGAGGAGGAUGAGGACGAAGUCAAGGAUGUUGAUACAAAAUAA